AUGUAUGAAGUCCUAGAGCACCAACACAGCAGCACAGACAGUUCGGGAAGCAGCUUGGAAAGCUCUGUGACAGCAUGCAAGAAGAUUCUCUGCAGUAACAGUCUGCUAGAGUCAACAGACUACUGGCUGCAGAAUCAGAGGACACCAUGCCAAAUUGGCUUUCUGGAAGACAAGUCAGAAAGCAACUGUGCCUCAGUUUGUUUUGUGAAUUUAGAUGCAAACAGAGAUGAUUGCAGUGACGAGCAAGUGAAACAGAGAUUGAUCAGCGUCUCUCCGAAUCUCCCCAAACUUAUCAGCUCUAUGAAUGUACAGCCACCAAAGGAAAAUGAAAUAGUCCUGCUGAGCGGAUUAACAUCAGGAAAUCUUCAGGCUGAUUAUGAAGUUCCCCAGUGUCCUUGGCUGGCAGAUGUCUGCUUGGUUCAGUGUGCACGGGGGGACAGGAAAACUAGCACAAGCUGCAUCAUCUUCGAAAUAAACAAGUUUCUGAUUGGACUUGAGCUUGUUCAGGAGAGACAGCUGCAGAUAGAAGCUAAUGUCUUAAAGCCGGAGGAUGACACAAACUGUUCAGUGUCCUCAAUAGAAGAAGAUUUCCUCACUGCAUCUGAGCACCUCGAAGAUGAAAACGAAGCUGAUGAAUAUAAAGCUGGUCAUGAGAAAUUAAACAGUUCUGAACUUUCUUCAGAUCUCAAAAAAAGUAAAGGAAAGGGUUUUGAAAAUCCCUACUACAGAAAAGUCAAGUUGCCAUUUAUUCUUGAUGGGAACUACAUUAAUAAAGAUAACAUAGCUACCAGAGUCUCUGAAGCUGUGAAUGUUGUGGCUGAGGAGACAGAACUUGAAGAUAAGUCAGCCCAGGAAAUACUCUGGCAGAAGGAAUUAGCUGGAAAAGCUACAUCAUCUCUCAGUAGUAAUGAUUUGGCUAGCAAGACUGGAAAUUCCUGCUCAGUGCAUGUGUUAGAAGAUGUGUCUUUAACUGAAACAGCUAAAGAGGAGCUGGAGCCUCUGUAUGGCCCAGCCACAAAACAAGACAGUAAGACAGAUGUGAAAAAUUGUGCAGGUGUUAGGAAAGCUGAUCCUCCCUUGCAAAAUGAGCAAGUGACAACAGGUCAGUAUGCCACAAAUUUAGCCGAAUCUGUUCUGCAAGAUGCAUUUAUUAGACUGUCACAGUCUCAACCCACUUUUACUGAUGAGGCUGCUGUUAGCAUCUCCGUAGGAAGCUCUUGUAAGAUAGAAGACACAACUGCUUCUCGAUCAUGGAAUGAACUUCCAAAGAUUGUCAUAGUGCAAAGUCCAGAUAGCUGUGAGAGUGUAUCGGAAUGGCCAGGAUCUGCAUUCCCAAAUCUUUGCCACUGGACUGAAUCAGAAAGUUCUGCAGAAGUUUCAGAUUACUUUGAGGAAGAACAUUCAAACGGACACAACCAGAGUGCAUUGGAAGUGGCUCUGGCGUGUGCAGCUACUGUUAUUGGAACUAUUUCAAGUCCCCAAGCUGCAGAGAAAUUCAGAAGAGAUCAAGAAGCCACAGACUCUAAAAGCAGAGCAGUUGAUAAUGAAGUGCUACAGACAGUGUCUUCACAGCUACUUGAUGACUGUGCUGGCACAGAAUAUUCAUUUCCAUCUGCUCUGUGUGGCAUGACUCAAGUAGCAAGCGCUGUAGCAGUCUGCGGUCUGGGGGAAACAAAAGAAGAUAAGUACCCUGCAACUUCAAGUGGGCUCCUGUCUGCUGCUCAGACUUCUGCAGCUAUUACUCUUCAUUGUAGCAUAGCUGUAGGAAGCAGCAUGGAUAAGUUGAAUGAUAGCAUUGCAGAGACCCUUCUCAAAGAGGCAUCAAUAAUUUUGACAAAGCCUAAUACAUAUAAAAAUGUAGGGCACUUUAUGGAGUCCAUAAAUGGAAGAAUCAUUGAAACAGCAGCACAGCCACGAAUUCCACACACUGAUGAAGUAAUGAGGGAUGAACUUGCACAAAACUUAUCCAACAUUAUUCUACGACAUUCUGUUGAAGAGGUUAGGAAGAAGAGACAGCUACACCCGCAUUCAGAAAACAGCUCAAGUACACAAGACAUCUUCAUGGAGACUGCAAAUGAGUUGCUUUUUAACGUGAUAUAUUUCACUUGCAAGAAGAUGAAUGAUAUAAGACAUGCUGAUGAGUGUUCUCCUCUCUCUUCUGAGGGCAUAAAAGCAGAGAAAGUAACAAUAGCAGAAGGAUGGCCAACACAAGCGACGCCACAAGAAACACCUUGCAGGCCUCUUGAUCACUCUGCUAGUAAGCCACUGCAUACCUCUUACAGUGCUAGUGCUAGCAGUGAUCUUGGAAAUGUCACAAGCACUAGGAGAAGUGAUAUGAGAGAUGUAAAUAGCAGGGAAAAUGUCCCACUGCAUUCAGGACCAACAAGCAGAGCUACUGGGCAUAAUGCACUUGCAAAAACAUCUCCCAAGAAGAGAUAUUUGAAAAGAACCACACGAGACUGUUACAAGUCACCAAAUCAGAGUAACAAUCAAAAGAAGAAAGACUACAGAUCAUUUUCAGACCGAGGGAAUGUCUUUACAGACACUGAAUGCAAGCAUGGUGUCCAAGAACGACUGUCUUCCGAUGCCACUGUAAAUGCAGAAAACCAGGCCAAGCAUACGUGUGAUGCUGUGCUAAAUAAUGAUGUCCAAGUUAGCUUGUCUUUAUUAGGAAACCACGUCUUACUCCCUUCUCAGCCUGUACUACAGGUAAAACAUUCAAGGGACAGAUAUUGUAUAACAGAUUUUGCAGAAGAAUUGGCAGAAACUGUGGUCUCUAUGGCAACAGAAAUAGCUGCCAUUUGUCUUGAAAAUUCAAAUGGAAAGCAACCCUGGUUCUGUGCAUGGAAAAGAGGCAAUGAAUAUCUGGUCACCCAGAGUUUAUCAUGCCGAACCAUGAAAAGGAAAAAGGAAACCCAGCCUAACGGUUCAGUUGUUCGGAAACACAGGGCACCUAGACUUAGUGAGAUCAAAAGGAAAACAGAUGAGCAUCCCGAGCUAAAAGAAAGACUGAUGAAUCGAGUAGUGGAUGAAUCUAUAAACCUUGAGGAUGCACCAGAUUCUGUCAGUAUCUUCGCAAAUGAAGUGGCUGCCAAGAUUAUGAACCUCACUGAACUUUCUGUGGUUGAUAGCCUCUGGCAAGGUCCAAACCAUCCCAGGAACAGGCUGCACUGUGAAAGAUGGAGUCGAGGCAAGGCAUCGAGCUGCGAGAGCAUACCAGAGGAAGAUGCGGAUUCCAAAGGCUCUCUUCGUACCCUAGGCCUGAUGAACGCUUUGGGUCAGCCUGUAAGCCAGACGAGUUCUGUCUCUAAGCAGUCUAGCUGUGAAAGCAUUACAGAUGAAUUUUCAAGAUUUAUGGUGAAUCAGAUGGAAAAUGAAGGAAGAGGCUUUGAUUUAUUACUGGAUUACUAUGCAGGAAAGAAUGCAAACAACAUUUUAACUUCUGCUUUGCAACAGGUAGCCAAGAAAAACGGUCAUCUUAAUGUAAAACCAAGUUGCCCAUCUAAACAGUCCAGCACUGAAAGCAUAACAGAAGAAUUCUAUAGGUAUAUGCUAAGAGAAAUAGAAAAGGAAAACAAAGAUAAUGCAUCUUCCCCUCGGAAUUCAAAGGACUGGUGUGGCAGUUUGCUGUCACCCUCUCUGCGAACACCCUUCUGUUUUAGACAAUCCUCCAUGCCUGACAGCAGGUCAUCAGGCUCUAGACUAACAGUAAAUACCCCAGUUAAAGCAAACUCAUUAGACGGAUUUGCCCGUCAUCACCAGGAUUCCUUAAGUGUACAGCCAGUCAGUACCGUGGCUUCUUCAGGUCUUUGCAAGUCUGACUCAUGCCUGUACCAAAGGUGCAAGACUGACCAGAUAACAGACAUGCUGAUUCACGAGACAUGGGCAAACUCUAUUGAAUCACUAAUGCGCAAAAACAAAAUUAUAGCAGAUGAGGCAGAGGUUGCAGAGGCAGAUCAGCUUCACAGUGAUUCUCCACCACAUGUGGAACAAUAUGCAAACAGACUGGCUGCAAAUAUUGUUGAAAGUGGUAAAAAUUUCAUUGUUGUCCAGCAAGAUUCCUUUGAUUACACAAGCCAAGGACACGUGCUGGAAAGCAAGCAUCGCCACAGUGCCACUCAGAUUCAGUCAAAACCCAAAGGGGAGGGAGUAAGUUUGGAUGAGAAAAAAGGGCUUAUUGGGGACCCCGGAUCCCUCCCUGCAAGUCAGCACAGGGAAGUGCCGUUAAUUCAGAUAGAAACUGAUCAACGAGAUGAACCAGAAGAGUCCUUAACUUCAUGUGGGCCUUCUGAAAAGGAGCAGAUAAGCAAAGAAAAGCCUCCAGAAGCAUAUGCUGGGAAGCACAUGGUUUCAAGUUCCCUACCAAGCAACUUAAUUGACUUUAAUGAGCAGCAAUUCCUGAAGACUGGUGAUACUAGUUAUUUGCCUGUAUUUUUAUUUACAUUAUCAAUGUGCCUUCCUUCUCACCCUACCAACAACAGUACUCAGAGCAGACCAGAUGCUGAAAACGUAGUAGAGACAAAAACAGCUGAAGAAUUUCCAACCCAUCACAGCAGCAGUGAAGAAAGCACUGGCAGCUGGUCCCAGCUAGCUAAUGAAGAGGACAACCCUGAUGACACAAGUAGCUACCUGCAGCUCAGCGAGAGAUCCCUGAGUGAAUUAGUAGAAGAAAAGGUUUUCCUUAAAGAACAGACAGAAAAUAUAGAGGAAAGUACUUCUGGGCUCUCAGUGGGAACAGCCCAUUGUCAGAAGGACCUACUGGUGAUCAACUUUGAUCUGGAACCAGAACGCCCCGACGCAGAGCUGCGAGCCACUCUUCAGUGGAUAGCUGCUUCUGAGCUUGGAAUUCCAACCAUCUAUUUUAAGAAAUCUCAGGAAAACAGAAUUGAAAAGUUUUUAGAUGUUGUGCAAUUAGUUCAACGGAAGUCCUGGAAAGUGGGGGAUAUCUUUCAUGCUGUGGUGCAGUACUGCAAGCUCAGUGAGGAAGGCAGAGAGAUGACACCAAGCCUGUUUGACUGGCUUCUCGAAUUGGGUUAA